AUGGCGGCCACGCUGCCAGCGCCAGACCUCAGCAGCCUGCUCACGCCUCUCCUCCCGGCUCUGCCUGCUGCGGCCGCUUCCACUCAGCCCGCCACCAAGGUUCUGCCGUUGCUGUCGCCCAUCCUCCGCCAGCGCGUCCAGCUCCUCGCCUCGUCACCCAUCUCCUCUUCCGCAGAGCCCUGGUUGCGGCUGCUCUGCUACGACACCUCCAAAGCCGCUCGCCUCGCCGAGCUCGUCCGCAGCCCGAGCCUUGAGCCUCACCCGGUAUCAGGCGAGGUCGAGGUCGACUGGGACUACGACGCCGAGACGCGCUUCCGCCGCGUAGACCAAGAGACGCUCCAGGCCCUCGUCGCCCUGACGGAGCUCGGAAUCGCCUUCCGCCUGGUGUAUUGCGUCAAUGACCAAGAAGGGGGCGGCGACGGCUGGAAGGUCGGCGAGGUCACCGUGGCGGACAAGCCCUCGCCCUUUUCCGACUUUGGAGGGACCUCGUCCAUCGCCGAGGCGGAGAGGCAGUUCAGGGAGGGCAAGACUGCCACGAUCCAGCUCAAUGGUGGCACCAGCCGAACCCAAUAUGUUGCCGACGAAGAUGAAGAUGACGACGACGAUUAUUGGGGCCGGUACGAUGCCACACCGGCUCGCACUCCAGCCGGGGACAAGCGCUCGCCGGCUCCAGGCGCGGCCGGUACCUCUUCCACGUCUCAUCACGCCGGGGCGCUGUCCGACCCCUACCGCUCAGCCUCCGCAGAAGACGAAUACUUUGCGCAGUACGACCAGGUCCAACCCGCCAUGGACAACCACGAUCCCGACGAGGAGGCUGCCGCCGCCCACGUCAUGCCCUCCCUCGGCCUGAGUAACGCGGUCUCAGGCGGCAACGGCAACGGCAGCAUCCUCGCGCACCCGCGGCCCAGUGAGCCUGCCCAGCGCUCGGGCCUGCUGCCCAGCAACCCGGCGGAUGAGCCCGAGUCCGUCGCCGCCGCCGAGCUCCUCCACCCGCGUCCGGACUCGAGCGCCAGCUCCAACGGCUCGCACACAGUCGCCCGCCUCGAGGAGACGGCUGGAAAGCGCGAGGCUAGCGAGUUCGGCGUCAAGCAGCACGUCUCCCGCAGCAUCAGGAGCCUGUACAUGCUGUCCCGCGCCUCGGGCAUCGACCGCGACGAGUUUGAGCGCAUCGUCAAGACGGAGCUCGACGUCCUGGGCAUGAUGGAGGAUGAGGACUAA